AUGGGUGACCCCUUCUCUAUUGCCACCGGCGUCGCUGGUCUCGUUUCACUUGGAAUUACCGUUUGCGGCGGUCUUCACACUUACUUCAGCGCCAUCAAAAACAGAAAAGAUGAUCUCGCAAUUGUCACACAAAACCUGGCUCUGUUCAAAUUCCAUAUUUUCGCCGUUCAAUCGAGUGCAUCAAAGCUUGGUCAUUAUCAUUCUCCAGCCAUCGAUGGCUUCCAAUUGAGUUUGAUCAAUUGUGAGAUGCAGCUUCAAUGCCUCCAAACAUUGUUGAACGAGUUAAUGCCGACUGAAGACCCAUCACCGGUCAAGGACGUUUGGAGGAGGCAGAAACUGAUCGCGCGAUAUCCCUUUGAUCGCAAGAAGCUGGUGCAACUGGAAGAGUAUCUCUCACGAGCAAACGCCACGCUCAGUAGCUUUAUUCAAACCCUCAACCUCGACAUAAACAUCCGCAUGAGUGACGAAUUGGAGGCUUUUAGAAUAUCACUUGAAGCACUAGACAUCAAUACUCAGACCACUUUGAAAGCCAUUACCGCUAGAAUGGAUGCUAUUGGCCCCAAAGUCGAACCUAGCACCCUCCAACUUCUUCCAUCCAGGACAGAAGAUGUUAUAACCUCCAGCACCAACAGUAUCGUCUUCCACCAGUCCGCCGUCGGGGUUGCAGAAGCAAAGACCUCUGACUCGGAAAGUGGGCGAUCAUUCAAAGACAUCACCAGCGCCCACUUCACGCCUCAUUAUCUACAGAGCGCCGAGCUAGAAAGAAGGCUUUGCAAGAAGCUGGCAGACAUGGAUUGUAUAUGUGGCACCUCAAACUGCAAGACUAACAAGGAGAUGCAAGAGCAAAUCAUCGCCCAGGGUGCAUUUUCUUUCAGAAGUCGAAGAGAAAUCUCUCGAGAAUUUCAGCAACAUACUUCGGGCUUCUAUCCUUUUUUUUCCCAAUCUUUCAUUGUUUCACUCACGCAAGAAUACCCCGGUGGACCGUAUGGCGUCUCUUUUGGAUUGCAGCCUUGUAACAUUGUUAAGAGUAGUCCAGUUUUUGUACUCUUUGACCCAUAUUCACGAAGAUACAAUACGAUAUUCGAUCGUCGCGCAAACGGGAAUGCUCUAGAUCACCUGGUAGAUAGUCUUAUCAAAGAGCUGAAAGUUAUCUACAGAUCCAGAAAGGCAUCGCCUUUUGAUGUCGACCAAGACGGAAAUAAUGCCGCUCACAUAUGGUUGAAAGCUGGCCUCACGUUUUUAAAAUGCGGAAAGGGACUAAAGUCAAAGGAUUUAGUAAUCGAUGCUAUUUGCAAAAUACUAAUUUACCUGACCGAUGUCGGUGUUCCCAUUGCGGCAUCGAAUUUCUACGAUUUGUAA